AUAUUCACUUGAUUGAAGUCACAUGUUCAAUUGCGCAUCCAAAAGAAAAGUGACAUUUUUAUUGUUCAUUAUUUAUUUAGUUUAUUAUUUAUUACACUUUAAUUAAACAAGUGAUUACCCUUGAAAAUGUUAUAUCAAAUUUGAUAAAUUUUCAAAUAAAAGUGAGAAUUAUUGUACAAUAAUUCAAAAAAGGAAAGGAAACAAAAUUUAAUAUUUUUUGUUUUGAUUCUGUCAGAAAAGUAUAUUUUUAUAAUACAUAUAUAUGUAUAUAUUGAAUAUUAUAUAAAAGUGUUUGAUAACCAAAUACUUGAAAAUCGGUUUUUUUAUUAUAAUAUAUAAAUAUAUGACAAAGAAUAAUUAAAAAUAAUAAUGAUUUCUACAAAAUCGGUGAAUUUUCAAAAAAAAUAUGAAUUACCUGAGGGAACAUCUAUUUUGGAAUCACAAGUGGCUGGACAUCCGUUCGACGUGGAGAAAAAUACAAUUAGCAUGCUGAAAAGUGAUAACGGUCAUGUUUUAAAGCCUGUAUCGAAAAUUUUACUUGGAAAGAGAGAAAUUGAAUUUUACGAAAAUUUACAAAAUGCUUCCGAUGAUAUUUCAUCGCAAUUGUUACGAUUCAUUCCAAAUUAUUAUGGAACAAGGGAAUUGGAAAUUACUGAAAAAUCAACGACAUUUUUAGAAUUGGCUGACAUAACGAAAGGUAUGAGUGAACCUUGCGUUAUGGAUAUUAAAAUUGGAAAAAGAACGUGGGAUCCUCUUGCAGGGGAAGAGAAACAAAUUGCCGAAGGAAAAAAAUAUGUGGAAUCAAGACGUGCCUAUGGAUUUUGUAUUCCAGGUUUUCAAGUCUAUCGACUGUCUGAUGGUCAAUUGAGAAAAUUUGGCAAAGAUUAUGGCAAACAAUUGAAUGAAAAAUCUGUCAUUGAAGCACUGGAAUUAUUUCUCAAUAUUUCCACAGGCAAUUUACCAAAUCGAGAUUUAAUAUUAAAACUUUUGUCAUUUUUGUGGAAGAUAUUGGCAUUUUUUCGUGCACAAAAAAAAUAUCGUUUCUAUUCGAGUUCAUUAUUAAUAGCAUACGAUGCAAUGAAAUUACGUCAAUUAACACGUUUAAAUGGCCAUCAAAAUGAAUCAUCAUUGCCAUCAAUGAAUCGUAGUAAUACAUUUUCACAUUCAUUGAAUUCCGUUGAUAUUCAAAGUCAGCCGGUUGUCAUUGAAAAUGGCAUAAAAGGACUUUUUAAAAGUGCAUCGCCAACAUUUUUAAAGAGAGCAAUUCACAAUCGAACAUUAGAUAGAUUUCAAACGUUAAAAAGAAGUCUAUCGAGUCAUGAGAUAACGAAAAAAGAAAUUGACAAACAACAAACAACAGCAACAUCAACGCCUAUUGUGAAUUUCGAAGAAAAUCGAUUAUUUCGAACACAUUCUUACACUCAUAAUUUUGAUAAUGAUAUUAAGGAAAUGAAGGAGGAUUACGCGACAAUUCUCGCUGAACUUUGCGGUAAAUCAAAGGAACAACAAAAUUGGGUGCGAAUUAAUAUGAUUGAUUUCACUCAUGUCUUUCCUGCCGAUGAUGAUGAUUUUGAUCACAAUUAUCUCGAGGGUCUUGAAAGUUUAAUUAAACUUUUGGAAAGAUUUUUGGCACGAGUAAUAAAGAGAAAUUAGUCGUAAGUCAUAUGAGAAAUUGUGUCGAUAACUAAUUAUAAAUUAAUAUUAAUUAAUAUUUGUAUUUAUAUAAUUUUUAAUUUGAAUUUAUACAAUUAUACCACUAAUUGCAAUUUGAAUUAAUUAUAUUUAUACGA